AUGAGUUUGAUUCUUGUGCAAAAUACUAUUCUUUCACUCAUCGUCACCAGUAUUACAUUUGCUGUAGUUUUUCUUCUUAAUUAUUUAAAUAAGAAAAACUCGAUUACUAUCGAAGUUUCACGAAAGGUAGUUCAUAUUGGAGCUGGAACACUUUAUCUCGCCAUUUAUUUCUAUAAUGAUAAUGGAUAUUUUUCAAAAUAUGUGAAUAUAUUUCCAAAUCUUCUUUGGACUGGUAUACUUAUAUGGAAGAGUCAAUGUCAUUCUUCUGGUCAACAAAAAUAUGAUCUUGUGCUGGGUACAAUGACAAGAAAUCAUCGUGGAACUGAACUUUUACGUGGACCACUGUUUUUUAAUUUUGUUAUGAUCAUUUGUGAUACUCUUUUAUAUAAAACAAUACUUGGUUCCAUCAUAAUGGGUAUAUUAACAUGGGCAGAUGGUUUAGCUGCUGUCAUUGGUACUCAAUAUGGUAGUCGACGAAAACUUUAUCGAACAAAAACAUUGGAUGGAUUAUUGACUUUUUUUAUCAUGUUACAACCAUUAAAAUAUAUUCUUCAACAAAAACGAAUUAUAUUAGCUAGUGGUUCACCACAACGUAAACAAUUACUUCAAUCGGUUGGCUUAAAUUUUGAUAUAAUUAUUUCUGAUUUUGCUGAAGAUCUUGAUAUUUCGUCAUAUAAAGAAAAUCUUUCUCAAUAUGUUAUUGAUACAGCUGAACAUAAAUGUCGUCAUGUUUAUCAACAAAUUAAACUGCAUGAGAAUGAGAAAAAAAAUCUAGUUAUUAUAGGUGCUGAUACUAUGUGCUCAUUAGAUAACGUUGUCUAUGGCAAACCAUGUGAUAAAGAAGAUGCUUUUCGUAUGUUAAAAGCAUUCUCUAAUAAUACACAUCAAGUGUGUACUGGUGUUUGUAUUCUACAAGGAGAUAUGGCCAUAAAGACAUUUUCUGAAACAACUGAUGUUACAUUUGGCUUAAUUGAUGAUGAAACUAUUCGAGCCUAUAUUGAAACAGGUGAACCAAUGAAUAAAGCAGGAGCUUAUGGGAUACAAUCUUUAGGUGCGACAUUGGUUAAGAAAAUAGAUGGUGACUAUUUUAAUGUAGUUGGUUUUCCAAUUUAUCAUUUUUGUAUACAAUUGAAAGCGUUACUUAAUAAUGAAUUUAAAUAA